CCAUGUUAUGCAGCCAUGUUCCACAGCAGCACCCAGCGCCGGCACUGGACCUUCUGCGGUGAGGAGGAGCUGUCUCGGCGCCGGGCCGAGGCGAACCGCCGGGCCCGGGGCAGGGCUGCAGCCACCGGGAAGGUGCCGCAGGGCGACUUGGUGCUCCUGGAGCCGCACGAAGAGCUGGCGAUAUGCAAGUACUAUGAGAAGCGGCUGUUGGACUUCUGCGCCGUGUUCAAGCCCGCGAUGCCGCGGUCUGUGGUGGGAACAGCUUGCAUGUAUUUUAAACGCUUUUACCUCAAUAACUCAGUGAUGGAGUAUCAUCCUCGGAUAAUAAUGCUAACGUGUGCAUUUUUGGCCUGUAAAGUAGAUGAAUUUAAUGUAUCCAGUGCACAGUUCGUUGGUAACCUUCGAGAAAGCCCUCUUGGACAGGAAAAAGCUCUUGAACAAAUACUGGAAUAUGAACUGCUGCUUAUUCAGCAACUGAACUUCCAUCUCAUCGUCCACAAUCCAUACCGGCCAUUUGAGGGAUUUCUAAUCGAUUUGAAGACUCGAUACCCAGUGCUGGAAAAUCCUGAAGUUUUGAGGAAAACAGCUGAUGACUUCCUCAGUCGAGUGGCUCUGACAGAUGCAUAUCUGCUCUUUACUCCCUCACUGAUAGCUCUCACUGCCGUAUUAUCUAGUGGUUCAAGAGCAGGAAUUAAUAUGGAAAGCUAUUUAUCAGAAAGUCUUAUGCUGAAAGAGAACAGAUCAACCUUAUCCAGACUACUAGAUGACAUGAAAUGCAUGAAAAAUCUCAUCAAGAAAUAUGAACUGCCGAGGGCUGAAGAGGUUGCUGCUCUAAAACAGAAAUUAGAGAAGUGUCAUACCUUUGAGCUUGCACUUAAUACAAACCCGAAGAAGAGGAAAGGUUAUGAAAAUGAUGAAUAUGUUGCAAAGAAAUCCAAAAUGGAUGAGGAAGAGUGGACUGAUGAUGAUCUUGUGGAUUCUGCAUUACCUUAAAGGAAGAGGGACUCCUACCCCUCCAGGAACAAAUUUGGUGCCAGGUGUGACCCUACCUGCCACAGGUUCCUUAUAUUGUGUCAUACAGUUUUUAUGCUUUUAGUGUUUAUCUUGGCAAUAAACCCUAUUACUUUGCUAAAAUAAAAUUAGUUGUGGUUCCAUUAAACCCUCAUCCAUGAAAGGUCAAAUAUUAGCAAGAAAUACUUGCUUUUAGAAAUAUGGCACUCAUCUGUGGUUUGGGAACAGUUUGCUGUGCGUGAAGUGCAGCCACUAACUUGUUUCAUUUUCAUAUACCCCAUUGAAACAUAAACAGUUCUAUAAUACACAGACUUAAAUGCAGCUUUGGGCAUUGCCCAGUUUCAUUUUCUUUGCUGCAUUUUGUGUGUAAUUGGUAGAUUACCCAGGUAUCUCUGUGCUCGACAAUUUUUUUUUUACCAUGUUGUACUGCCUACACCCAGCCACCUCAAUCCACAAAAUAAUCCAUUUUAUACACUCUGUUAAGAUCUAAGUAUGGCAGAAUAAGACAUUGUUAAUUACUUACUCCUCUCAGAUGCAGUUUAAUACAGACUUCACAGGGUUAUGGGACAAUCUAAAAAAAGACUUCUGUGGUACCAAGGUCUUGCAAACAGGUGUGUUGUCACUAUGGAGAGCAUCACCUGUGCUUGCUGAGUGCAGUACUUGCGACACUUGGGAGCUCUCAGCUGUAGCACUGGACUCUCAUUUCAAGGAAACAGUUCCAGCUGGACACCAGGGCAGCUGUGCCACUGGCAGAGCCACUAUAAUACUACAGCAAAGACCCAAAAGUAAAGUCUCUGUGAUUUCAUGUGACAGUGAAUUGAAAAAGCAGUUCUGAUAGACAGGAGAAGCAGCAGUGUAGGUGUUCUAAUGGUGUAUCAACAACAUUCAUGUGAUAAAAAUUACUUGAUUAUCUCAGUCUU